AUGCGAAUGACCGGUCUGGACGCAAAAAAUGACCGUUUAUUGGAAGUAGCCUGCAUCAUUACAGAUGGCAACUUGCAGCCUAUCGACGACGGCGUCUCCUACGUGAUCAAGACGCCGAAACCGAUUCUGGAUGGGAUGGACGAGUGGUGCACGACGACGCACGGCGAGACGGGCCUGAUUGACGCGUGCCUUGCAGAGGACGCGCCGUCGCAUGCCAUGGUGCGCACCGCCGUGCUCGCCUACGUUCUCGACCGUGUCCCCGAUGUGCGGACUGCUUGCCUCGCAGGUAGCUCGGUGCAUGCAGACAAAAGCUUUCUCGAGAAUGAGAUGCCCGAGUUGCUCGCGCACCUGCAUUAUCGGAUCGUGGAUGUAAGCUCGAUCAAGGAGCUUGUGCGCCGCUGGUACGGCGCGGAGCGCAUGUGGCAGUCCAGUAGCACAGUACGGCAUCGUGCGCUCGAGGACAUUCGCGGGUCCAUGCAGGAGCUUGCCUUUUACCGUGCGACCGUAUUCCAGGCAUAG